AGCCAUUUUGUUUUUUGUGCUGAAUUGAAGAAAAUAUUUUUACGUCUAACAAAAAAACGCAUUUUCUCCCAUCACCAGGUAUCAACGGGAAGAAAACUAAUAAAUUGUUACUUAAUUGUGUGUAAUUAAAACAAAACUUAGGCUACAGAUAAAUUCGUGAAAGAAUGGGACGCAAAAAGAAGAAGGCUUCAAAACCAUGGUGCUGGUAUUGCAACCGCGAAUUUGAUGAUGAAAAAAUCUUAGUACAACAUCAGAAAGCGAAGCAUUUUAAAUGUCACAUAUGUCACAAGAAAUUGUACACGGGUCCUGGUUUGUCUAUACAUUGCAUGCAAGUGCACAAAGAAACUGUGGACAAGGUGCCAAAUUCUUUACCCAAUCGUUCUAAUAUAGAAAUUGAAAUAUUUGGUAUGGAUGGAAUACCAGCAGAGGACUUACGGGAACAUGAACGUCAAAAAAAUGGCGGCAAAUCAGAUUCCGAUGACGAGGAGCCGGCCGCCAAGAAGAAAGUCGAAAUACCGUUAACGGCACCGCCACCUAUGAUGAUGCCACCGAAUAUGAUGCCGCCACAUAUGAUGGGUCAAUACGCCCAAUACGGAAUGAUGCCGCAUAUGGCUCCGAUGCCGCCAUUUCUGGGGCCUGGUGGGAUACCCAUGAUGCCAACACACAUGAUGCCUCCACGUCCACUCUUCCCAGCCGCUAUGGCAGCGGCGACUACCUCUGCAGCUGCUGCUGCUCAUGCGGUUGCAGCUGUUGCUCAGCAGAAACCUACGUUCCCUGCAUAUAGUAACGCCACGAUUAGUGCGCCACCCACUACAAAUAAUCCUAACAUUACUGCACCCACCACCAGUAGUGCAAGCGCAAGUGGGGAAGCCCCCAAAUCACAAGUGGUUACCAGUACUAGUGGUGUAACUUCGAAAAUAAUGCAUCCUCCCGAGGAUCUCAGUUUGGAAGAAUUAAAAGCGCGUAGAUUACCACUGAAAAUAAACAGCAACAAUCUUGCAGCCAGUUCUAGCAAUCGAAGUAAUAAUUCAACGCCUAACACCUCAGCGGUGACGGCUUACUCGACGGGUCUCACUUCAGCAACAUCGACGUCGAGUAUAACAACGAAUGCUGCAAAUGCGGCUGCUACGGCAGCGGCCAUCUCCAAGGCACAGGAAGUUGCUACCAUGGCUGCAGUGGUGCAAGCUCAAGCUCAGGCUCAAGCGCAAGCCCAUGCCCAGGCUCAAGUUCAGGCCCAAGUACAAGCGCAGGUUCAGGCACAAGUUGCUCAAGCGCAAGCUCAUGCGGUAGCUGUACAACAACAGCAACAACACCAACAACAGCAACAACAACAACAACAAAAACAAUUUGAAGAUCUCAAUCGUGUCGUAAUGUUACAACGUAUUCAACAAGCGCAAGCAGCUGCUGCUGCAGUUUCACGUCCAGGUGCAACAGCUGCAGCCGCAGCAGUCGGUAUGGUAAGUCAUGCCCCUUUUGGGCUAUAACGGUGAUCAAGUCUCGAAUGAGACUGCAAUUGAAAAUUCAAAUUUUCUUAUUUGAAUUUUUCAAAUAUUUAUUGCAAUCAAAUCAACUCAAACGCGUUAUUAGAGCAAAUAAAGCAGGGAAGUUAGGAUCAAGCAGGGAAGAAUUGCAUCUUUCUUAUUUAUUCAUUACCUUUGAUUGAAAAUUGACUUUAGUUUGGUGUUUGGCUUUUAGGUUUGCAUUUUAAAAAUCCCUGCAACUACUUUAUAAACGUCGCAAACCUUUGAAAAAAGGCCAAGGUCUACUAAAGCGUCCAUCUCAAUUGAAGAUGCUUCCAAUUUGUAACAAACUGGUUUUAGGUUACUUUUCGGAUUUGCUAUUUGAGGGAUUCGCCUAUCAAAAUUGUUCAAUAUAUUCUACUCGGACCAGUAGCCUUUUAUUAAGGUUUGAACUACUCUUUUUGAAAAGAACGCGAACUUGUGCUUGGAUUGGCCGAAACUACUUUGCUCAAGUGAUUUACGCGGGCAAAGUUAGGUUGUCUACCAUGUACCCUGCUAGUCGUUUUACGCUCACUCAUUUCACAUAACUCAUUUCACAUAACUGUUAAGACCAUAUUGUUAGUCUAGAGUUUUUACAAAGUUUAUGAAGCGUAGAAUUACAAUGAUUGAUGUUUCGUAGGAUUCUUCGGAUUUCUCAAUCUAUGAUAAAGUUUUGCUAACAAUUUGCCGAUUUUGUUGUCUUCGAUAUUUGCUUAUUGGUGUUAGUUGCGGUAUUCCAAAUCAACUUUUUCAUACAAUAUGUAAAUCGCCGAUCUCAUAUGGCACAAGUUUUUCCGCUAUCUGUUCGCUUGUUAUGCGGUUGCUUUAACAAAAACCUAAUUAAUUGAUUGGAGACUGAUAUAUUCAGCAUAAGACACACUUGUAUUGCUCAAUUAUAAUAAUAAUAAUUAUUCGUAAUUCCUUACGUGUUUGUUUUAACACAGGUUAAGCAUCUUAGCCAAAAUACCGCCUCCAUGUGAGAUAUGCAAGAGAACGAUUUAGUUUAGACAAAUAGAAAGGAGAUCGCAUUAGAUUGGCAUCUACUUGGAUAAUUAAAAGGAAUAUUGAAUUGAAUACGUAUUACUUACUUCGCGCUUGUGCUAGCGUCUGAUGCAUUCACGAUAUUCAAUGAAAUCUUGAAACAAUAACAAUUGCCUAAAACAGUUUUAAAUAAUUGGUAACAAUUACAGAAUUAGUUAAUAACCACAAAUGAACUGUUACAGGGCCCCCCCUCCCCCCAAUAAUG